CUUCUGCAUCGCACUGAACAUUCAACGACCUCGACAUAUCGACUUCGAGUACUCCAUACUUCCACCUGCAUAUUCCACACAAUCUAGUCAUCAUGUCGGGACUCGAGAAAGCGCUGUUCAAUCUGAAGUUCACAGCAAAGCAACUGAACCGCCAAGCAGCAAAAGCCAGCAAGGACGAGAAGACAGAGAAAGACAAGCUCAAGAAGGCAAUCCAACAAGGCCACAACGACAUCGCAAAGAUCUACGCCCAGAACGCGAUCCGCAAGCAAAAUGAACGACUGAAUCUGCUGAGGCUGGGAAGCCGGAUCGAUGCGGUUGCCAGUCGAGUGCAGACGGCGGUCACGAUGCGUCAGGUUACGGGGAGCAUGAUGAAUGUGGUGAAGGGUAUGGAUCAGGCCAUGAAGGCUAUGGAUUUGGAGAAGAUCUCAGCAGUAAUGGACCGCUUCGAGACACAAUUCGAAGACCUCGAUGUCGCGACCGGAUACUACGAGAACGCAACGACAUCCGCUACUGCAGUCGGUACGCCGCAGGAAGAUGUCGAUAGGCUUAUGAACCAGGUUGCGGAUGAGGCGGGUGUGGAGCUGCAUCAGGAGAUGGAGGGCGCGCAGGCUGUUAAGGCGGCGCCGGUUAAGAGUGGUCCGACGGAAGUGGAGGAGGACGGUUUGGGCGAGAGGUUGAGGGCGCUGAGAUCGUGAGUGUGUGAUACAGAGGGGUGGAGAAGGGAAGAGGGCUAGCAUCGGCGUUUUGGGUUUUAGAGAAGAUAUUGUGAGAAUGGCGAACGGGUUCCUUUUUUGAUUUAAUAUACAGUGUGUUUUUGAGGCUCUUAUCUGCUUUACGGUGAGGCCAGCCCAGGAGCGUAUUUCCAGCAAACUUGCGUUGUCAGCCGGGAAAGGAAGAACCUCUGAAGUGUCGAAAUCGACAGUGUUCCUUUCCACUCAUAAUUGAAUUUUAUGAACACUUGACACUCUUGAAGAUAAACGUAUACUCUAAGUCUUCCAUAUCUUCGGAAAAAAUGUACAAGUACAAGGUACAAAGC